GACAGUUUACUACUUUGUCAUUUUACCUUUUAGGUCCCGACACGAAAUUAUAAACAAUUAACAGUAAAAACAAAGGGCUAAAAUCUCGAAACCCUUAAUCACCUCCAAUGAAUUAACGCCACGUAUAAAAUGGCAAAACUAUUUACAUUUCUUAGACACGUGGAUUAAUUUAAUUAGCCUUUGAUGUUAUAAAAAAUACUUCGAUGUACGAUUAACUUUUCUGGAAAUAUUUGAUAUUUUAUUUUUUUUUCUUCUAAAGCUUCUUUGUUUGCUUCCUCUUUUUUCGUCACUGUUUCCCUGCAAUUUGAUCUCUGACAAAUUUUUAUUUUUAUUUUAACUAAAUGACCUUCUACGAAUGUUAAAACCCAGAUUGAAUUCCUCAUGUAAACUUUUAUCUAUUUUUUAUUUUUAUAUUUAUUUUUUAAAAGUUUCUUUUUACUGGUUUUUUUGGCUUUUUUUUUUUAGCACAUGCAAGGAAACCCUUUUGUUAAAUUUUUUUGUCUGCAGAGUUUGGUCUAUGUUUAAGGGUCUAAAGAGUAUGUAAAGGAAGCUUCUUUCAAGCUAAAGAGAAGGAAGAUGUUUUUUGAACUUCUAAUCCAUUAUAUUGAGGAAUCUUAGUUUGUAGUCACCCUUUCAAAAUUACAGCUUAUUCUGAGCUUUCUGGUCCACAAACUGGAUAGUCAAGAUACUAAAACGUUGUGACUAAUUAUGAUAUUUUCUCGGCUUGCACAACCAGGGCAUAUGAUGAUUGUUUCUUUUGCUCAUAUUGAGUGGAAAGAAUGAUUCUAACAAAGCAGUAUCGUUGCGUACACUCUUCUAGUUGUCAAUGCACAAAAGGUCAUCUAAGUGAGGAUGUGAUUUUCCUUGUGUUUCAACAUCUGAACUGGAACCCUAAGUUGAUUGCCACUCUUUCAUUCGUCUGUAAAUGGUUUGAUGAUCUUGCCAAGAGAGUACUUUGGAAGGAGUUCUGCAAAACAAGGGCCCCAAAGAUGAUGCUUGAUCUGCAGUCUAAUGGAAGUCAUAAUGUUGAUGGGAACUGGAGAGCACUUGGAAAGCUGCUUAUAUAUUGCUCAGGAUGUAGUGGUGGUUGCUUGUUCAAUAGCAUUCAAAUCCCUGGCCAUUUUGUUUACAGAACCAGGUUCUCUAGGACCUCAGGCAAGAGCUUCCUUUUACCACAAUGCAGAACAGAUGUUCUAUACGUGUCUGACCCUUGUGAACAUCUUGACCAAGGGGAGGAGGGUGAUGUGGGAUUUUUCCGGGGAGUUUUCAAGUCAUUCUUUGUUUCAAAGGUUCGGAAGAUGUUGAUUGACAGGGGUGCCCAGCUUCAUCCAGCAGCGGUGUGUCCUUAUUGUAAGGCAAAAUUGUGGAACAUGCUACAAGCUAAAAUGGUACCACAGAGUGCGAGCCGUAGAUUGGGAGCUUAUAAGGAUUGCAUUGAGUAUUAUGUCUGCCUCAAUGGACAUAUGCUUGGCAUCUGCACCCUUUUACCCUUGUCUGAUUCUGAAGAGGCAUCUGAGUCAGAGUGAUAUUUUGAAUGCGAACCAGGUGAAGAAACAAAUCGAGGGUGCUGCAUCAAAACCAUAAUCUAUUGUGAACUCUUCAAGAUUGUAUGUUGCUACUACUGGUAGAGGAUCAAAAGCUACUAGUAAAGGAUCAAGAGUUACUAAGAAAGGAUCGAGAGCUACUAGAAGGGGAUCAAUAGCUACAUCUAUGAUUGUGAAUUCUACUGCCAUUCCCGUUGGCUUUUUAACUUUUGGUUCAAGGACUUAAACUGCUAUUUCAAGUAAAAAUCAAAUGUAUGGUGAUUGAAGGGCUGCUCGAGGUAGUCAAUAUGUAGCAUACUAAUCUUUAAAAUGGAAAUAUGUAACUUUUUGUCAGUUGAUGUACUUAACUUUUGAGAUGUAAUAUCAAGUUAACUUUUGGGAUACAAAUUAAUUUUGGGAAGUACAUGUAUGUGUUAUUAGGCUACUUGUGCACACGUAUGUGCUAACAGGACACAAAUUUUUUUUUUUUUUUUUAUUAAUCCAAAGAUAUAGGCAUAGUUAGUUAAUUUGAUUG